GAGCAGCCUGCCGCCUCCCCGCCUCCUCCCCCGUGCUAUAUACAGCAUGGACAGCAGUGUGCUGGACAGAGAGGACGUUCAGCGGCUUCAAGCACUAACCCCAACAGAGGAGGAACUUUGUCUGAUUAAGGAGGCCAAGGCCCAGAACCCCCAGUCCCCUCUGGCCUCGGCCGAGCUCUGCCUCCUUACUUUGGGGGAAAUCCCUCAUCUGAGCACCAGGCUUCAGCUGUGGGCCUUCGCUCUGGACUAUGACUCCUUAGAAAGGGAAAUUGCUGAACCUCUUUUCCAUUUGAAGUUAGCCAUGGAGCAGCUAGCAGCCAGCCAGACCUUUAGAUGUAUUUUGGCUACAGUGUUAGCAAUUGGUAACUUUCUUAAUGGAUGUAAGGCCCGUGGUUUUGAGUUGAGUUACCUGGGGAAGCUGUCCCAGGUGAGGGAUACACACUCUCGGCAGCCACUACUGCAUCACGUCUGUGUGCUACUGCUGCAGCUCUACCCACAAUCCUCUGACCUCUACUCUGACAUCACUGCUGUUACUAAAGCUGGCAAGUGUGACUACUCCUUGGUCCAGUCAAACCUUGCCCAGUUAGAGGCCAUGUGCAAAGCAUCAUGGGAUCAGCUGAAGAUUUUGGACAAGGCUGAUGAUAAGAGGAAAGGGGGAAAAGGGGAGAAGAGGAGAGGAGGAGUUGGGGGAGGAGAAGAUGAAGCUUUGGCCCCGGAUGGUUCGCUUCGUCGUAGGCUGCCAAAAAUCCUGAAAGAGUACGAGGAGAGGCUGAAGGUCCUGAGAGCUGUUCAUCGUCGGGUUAUCAACAGAUUCCACUCUUUCCUCCUAUUCCUAGGCUACUCCCGAGCUAUGGUGAGAGAAACCAAAGCUGAGGACUUCUGUAAAACCAUAAGUAACUUUUCACUGGAGUACAGGGCCAUACGGCAGGCUAUCCUCUUGCAGAGAGAGCGGGAAAAACAGAAGACUGGAACUGAAAGCCCAGGCCCCAACACUCCUGCAGCAAGAAGGAAACAUCAGCAAACUCCAAUACAGGAAAGUGAUGAAAACGACAGAUUGGAGGAGGUGUUAAGAACACCUGAGUCCUCCUCAAGAACGGACGUCACUAUGCCUCGAAACCGCCGGAGGACAUCAGAGAUCCAAGGUCCAUUCAUGAGGAAAAUGAAGUGGUGAGCCCUGCCGAUAUGUUUUGUCAAAAGUUUGUUCAGUCACUGGUGUAUUCAAACAAAAUUGUCUGUGAUUGUUAUGUUGUUAUUUAUGACAUUUGUUGUUACGGUCAGCUUUUUGCAGCAUGAUGUUGUUAGCAGGAUGGAAAUAGACAGGUGUAAAUUUCACAUGCCAUUCAGUUUUUUAAUCAUGUCUGAGUUUAAAAGUGAAGAUGAAUUAAAAAUUGUUUUGAUAA